UCAUUCCUGCCCAACAUAUGCAAAGUUUACAACAUUCUCACGAUUUUUCAACCAUUUGAUCCUUCUCAAAACUCAUAUCGAUGUUAACUUCAACUGAGGAUGACUACUAGAGUAAGACGGAGUUCCAUGCCUAGGGUCCCCAGAGUACAAGAUGAGGAGGAUAAUUACUGGAUUGAGAAUGGAUUUGAGGAUACAGAUGGGUCUCUUUCUGCAAAUGAAAAUGAUGGACUUGACUGUAGGAAAAGGGGUCCUAAUCACGGCACUAAUGUUUGCGCAGAUGAAUCUGGAAGAAUUCUUUUAACUGUGGAAGGCAAUAGAUUCAUAACGAUCUUAGCUUCAUGUGCUGUAAGUGCCAAUUUGAAGGCUCACUUGGAAGGAUAUUAUCCUACAUCUAGUUUGGUGCCGGUUGACACAAAAAACUUCUUGUGGGAAAGAUUUCAGCAUGAGAAAUUAGGAAAACCACUACUACUUCACAAUUAUUCGAACGUGUACACCAUCGAAACAAAGGAGAAGGAGACUUCGUAGACAAUAAGUCACGAAUUGUGUGGGAAAAAUAUGACACUGCUAUUCAUGAAAAAUAUGGUUCAAAUGUGUCACAACCUAAAAUUGACAUUGAAGCAUGGUGUGAAGCAACUCAACAUCCUUGUAAAGGUGGUCACUUGUAUGGGCUUGGUAUUAAAUGAAAACCUUUGCCAAAGAUGUCUCCUCCUCUGGUUCACCUAAUGUUCCAUAUGAUGAUCAAGUUGAUUUCAUCACUUCACAAGAGGAACUUCGAUCUGCUUUUGAGAAGAUAGAUCAACUUACAAGGGCAAAUGAUGAAUUACUUCAAAAAAGGAAGAUGGAAGGCGAGAAAAAGCACAUUGAAUUUGAACAAACCAUACUUUGAAUGUUGGGAAAAAGGAAUGGAUCACGAGAUUAGACAUUUGAGCACAAUGAUCUUCAAUGGUUGGGCAUAGCAAUGUUUAUUUUGUUUAUGAAAAUUUACCAUUGAAUGUGCAUAGAACUUUCUUUUGCUAAUUGAUCAAGUGUAUAAUUUUAGGGGGUGUUUGAUAGGCAUUUUUAUUUAAAAAUGCAUUUUAGAAUAGUAAAUUGAUAUGAAAUGUAUG